CUCAUUGUGAAUGGCCGGUGGAGUAUAAAAGCUUCCUCUCUGGACCUGGCAACAAUACUCAAAAGUCCCGAGCUUACUGCACAGUCAUGCCUGCAGACUUCAAUGGAAGGUGGGAGAUGGAGUCAAACGAUAAUCUUGAAAAUUACCUUAAAGCACUGGAUGUUGAAUUUCCCAUCCGCAAAAUUGCUCCUCAUCUCAGGCCGGCAAAAAUCAUUAGCCAGGAUGGAGACAACUUUGUGAUAAAGACACAGAGCACCUUUAAAACCUUUGAAUUGACCUUUACUAUCGGAGUUGAAAAGGAAGAAUUUACUAAGGGAUUUGACAACCGGUCAAUAAAGACUGUGGUCAACUGGGAAGGGGACAAACUGGUGGCCACACAAAAUGGUGAAAAGGCAAAUCGCGGAUGGAAACACUGGAUAGAAGGAGACAAACUUCACCUGGAGAUGACAUGUGAAGACGUGGUGUGCCAUCAAGUGUUCAAAAGAAAAGAGUAGCAGAUUUAACACAAGUAAUUGUAAUGUGCUUUAUUGUAAUUGUUAUUUUGCUGUAUAUUUGACAGGUGUAAUAGCUUCAGCAAGAUAUGAACUGACAGUGUGCUUUUUAAUGACUUUUAACCCUUCUGUGUAAUGUUUUUCCUUUUGUCUAAUUAAAUAUAGGUCUCACA